UAAUGCGGAAGUGGAGCGGCGCUGGUAGCCGGCAUGAGAGUUGUGAAGCUUUGCAUAUCCAUCAGUAUAUAGAGUAGUCCAUUAUCGGGUACCGUUUCCUGAUGAUGGAGGCUACUUGUUGACUGGAAGUUGAUACUGUUAACCGCUUUGUUUGCUUUUCUUCUUUAGUAGUAACUUUUUUUUUAUCAUGAUUUUUGGAGUUUGGUAGUUAGGCAGCUUUUCUAAACAUGCCACUGUCUGACAUGAUCAGUCUGCUCUUCUGUCUUGUUUUUGUUUUAUCCUUUGGCAAUGGCAACGCAAAGGAUUUGGGGGCUCUGUGUUCCACUUGUAAACAAAUAACUGAUAAUUUCAACAAGGGUUUUGAAAGAACUACAAAGAAGAAUUUUGGUGGUGGAAAUACAGCAUGGGAAGAAAGGAAGCUGUCAAAAUAUGAGACCAGUGAGAUUCGGCUGGUGGAGAUUCUCGAGGGUUUGUGUGACAGCAGCAGUUUUGAGUGUAACCACAUGGUAGAAGAAUAUGAGGAGCACUUUGAGACUUGGUGGUUCAAGAGGAAAACGAAGCACCCCGAUCUACACAAAUGGUUUUGUAUCGAAACAAUCAAAGUCUGCUGCCCUAAAGGAACAUUUGGACCAGAUUGUAACUCCUGUGUAGGAGGAUCUGACAGACCGUGCCAUGGAAACGGUAGAUGUGACGGUGAUGGGACGAGGGGAGGAAGCGGCAAGUGCACAUGUGACCCUGGAUAUGAAGGAGAGUUUUGCCUGGACUGUGCUGAGAGAUAUUUCAGUGAGGAGAGGAAUGACACCUUCUCCUCAUGCAAAGAGUGUCACUCAUCUUGCACAACCUGCACUGGAGCCACUAAUAAGGACUGUAAUGACUGCCGUGAUGGCUGGGAAGAAGAUGAGGAAGAAGCAUGUAUUGACAUUGACGAGUGCUCCAAAGACCCUCCUCCAUGCAAAGACAAGGAAUACUGCUUGAACACUGAUGGAUCAUAUUCCUGCAAUGUGUGUGACGGCAGAUGCUCAGGCUGCAAAGGGCCAGGACCUGGGAACUGCGUGGCCUGUGCUGAAGGCUACAAGGACGAAGAGGGCACUUGCACGGACGUGGACGAGUGCGAGCUGCCUGACGCAGUGUGUACUGAGGAACACCAGGAGUGCGUCAACACUAACGGCAGCUACAAGUGCCGCUGUGCAGGAGGCUUUGAGGAGCAUGAUGGAGUUUGUGUUCAGCAAGCUCAACCAGAGGACAGUCAGGAAGGACCUGCUGAGGACACUGAAUACUCCAAUACAGAAAAUGUUUUAACAGAACACCAAGACCUGUGAGCUAUUGCUGGAGUUCUCAAAUCAGCCACUAGGGGUCAGUAAUGGCUCUGAACGUAUUUUGACCACCACUUGGUAUUUACUGUACAUAUUUGAGAAACUGCACUUACGUACCGGUCAAACAUGGACAACUCUUUAUUCCGGUGGAAAACGUCGAACCCAAGCACUGCUGCUCAAAUGAGAAAAGGCCGUUGUCUCGUUUUAAAAUAUGUUUUUUUUUUCUUCUUCAUUUAUUUGUGAAGUAAAAUAAAGUCACACCACAUCAUCUCUUGUGUUCAUUUUGUGUAGGAUUUGGGUGUCAUAGGGUUUGGGUCCUGACACAUUGGGGUAGUUGCAUAUACUUUGUAUGAGAGAAUGAAAAAUAAAAACCUAUUAAUGAUA